UGUGUAAUAAAUGUUGCAGUAUGAAAUACAGAUUAGAAUACCAGGGAAAUAUCGAUUCCCGUGUUUGCGUCUCAUGUUAUCAUCUACUCACGAAAGCAGAGAGCGAACAGGGAAUAGGUGAUUGGUCAGCCGAUUAUAAUACAUAUACCGAUUGUAGCGAUGUUAAUUCCGUACAGGGGAGACAGCCUAAUCCAAAUAAUCCCAUGGAGUAUUGUUCAACUAUACCACCCUUGCAACAGUUAGCCGGCGGUUUGCCGCCACCGCCAACGGUGAUGGUACCUGUAGGCGUUCUGAAGAGAGAGGGUUCGAAACAUCGUGCAGAAGGACAGAAAUCCGUAAUGUUCAGUGAUGAGCUAGACACGUGUUGGGACCCAAAACCACCAUAUCGUAAGCAAGGAAAUAAACGGAUUUUUGCAUCGGGAUCUACGUUGACGGACACUGCAACGAGAAGGCAAAACCAUCCUCCUCUAGACAAUAUCACCAAUAGCUACAUACCACAUGAUUCUAAUUUAUUGCCUCCGACCGUUACGAUACAUAAAGGCCAAAUUACAUACCACCCACCUAUGGACGAAAGUGUACUAUAUAAAACGCUGAAGAAUGAAUGCGAACCGUCAGUAAUGUUCGCAAUUAAUCGAAAUCUUUACGCAUAUGUAAAAAUAACUAAUUUAAAUUGCUGCGUAAACAAGAUCUGCUGGAAUGUAACAUCGAAAGGUCUUGCUUGCAUUGGUCAGGAUGAAGUUAUUUUAUUAGUCGAAGUUUUACCAGAUGAAACACGGAUUCCAAAGGACCUUCUUAUAUACAUUAAUCAAUUAUAUCUUGAAGCUAUUAAAGGUAAUACAAUGACAGAACUUGGCUUCUCAGUAUAUCAAGGUACCAACUUGCUAAGUUCACGUGAGCAUGCAGGAUUUCUUUUUAUUCGCCAGACAUUGCAAUGCUUACAAAAGAUUAUUUUACCGCCUGCACCUUUCUUAAUCGGACUCUUGAUUCACAGGUGGGAAACACCAUGGGCCAAAGUAUUCCCGUUAAGACUUCUUUUACGUCUCGGAGCGCAAUAUCGUUAUUAUCCUUGCCCAUUGGUGUCGGUUCGUUUUCGAAAUGCAUUAUAUUUUGAGAUUGGACAUACUGUCAUGAAAGUAUUAGCGGAUUUUAGAAAUUUCGGCUACACUUUGCCAGGAGUAAGGGGCUUAACAAUUCAUCUUAAAAAUCGUACAACGGACGUUAUGUUCCCUAGAAAUCGAUACGAUCAAGUUAUAAAAGGACUUCAUAACUCGAAUGAUCACGUCUUAGCUUAUGCCUCAAAUUUUAGUAUAACUGCGGAUUCACAUUUAGUUUGCAUACAAACGAACACUGGUGAUGAAAGCAGUUAUCAAACGCAAGCAAUAAACAUUCACAAUAAGCCAAGAACAGUAACCGGCGCCAGUUUUAUCGUCAUCAAUGGUGCCCUAAAAUCUUCUAUGGGUCUUUCUGCCAAAUCCAGUAUUGUUGAGGAUGGAUUAAUGGUAGAAAUAAUGCCAGAGAAAAUGGAAGCUUUGAAAGCUGCUCUAAAAAAUAUGCAAGAUUUUUCAAUCGGUUGCGGACGCCAGGGAGCAUUAGAACCGGACGAGACUGUAAACAUAAAGUGGGUCGAUAAUGACACGUUGUUCAACUUGGGUGUUAAAAGUCCUAUUGAUGGACAAUUAAUGGAUGGUAUACCAUCUAUAAGAGUGCAUAAUGGCAUUGAUUAUAAAGGUGCAACCCGAUUUAUACGCUGGACAGAAGUAUUUAUUAUAAAAUCAGAUGAUCAUUCAAGUGGUGUGAAUGAUCCUGUGGAUAUAAAUAAACUAUCUGGCAGCAUAGCGAAAGCAACAUGUGCAGCAUUAGUUAAGUUACUAGAUCUUCUGGCAACAGCAGGUUUAACAAAGCUCGGUGUUCGAACAACAAUUCAUCCGGAUAACGUGGGAUAUGAAGCUGGAAGUGAGGGUACAAAAUUACCUCCAAUAUAUAUGAAAAGUUUAGACAAUGAAUUAAUUCAAGUUUUACAUAAAGCUGUGCAAAGCAGUCAGGAUGCAUAUACAGUGCUUGAAUUGAUAUUUUAUGUGCUUGAAGAUUAAAAAUGAUAUAUAACAUUAUUUUAUGUGUUUUAAUCGAUGAUGUCAUCAGGAUAACAUUGAACGACUUUCAUUCAGUACUCGGAAGAUGUGCAAUUGCAUUGAAUAUCAUAGUGCAGUGAUUAUAUGAUCUGUAUGUUAUUUUUUAUGAUAUACCUUGUUUUAUAAUUCAGGAUGUUAUUCUCAAAUGUCUAUUUAUUAAGAUUGUGAAUUAAAUAUUUUUAAUUUUAUCACAAAAUAUUCAACGAUAUGCGGAAAACUUAUUACAAAACUUAUAAAUAUGAAUAAAGAAUCGAAAACAAACAGUAAUAGCGA